AGGUCAGAGGAGGACAGAGAGAGUUCGAGCUCGAGGUGUGGGUUCCCUGCGGGUCAGCACGCCUUCCAAGAAAACACUUACAAAAAGAUCACCGCUUGUGAUGUCUGUCGAGAAAUACUUAGAGGACAUUCACGUCAAGGCCUUAAAUGCAAAUUAUGUAAAAUGAAUGUCCAUUCGGGUCAGUGCCAGGAGAAUGCGCCCAAAUGUCAGCCAAAGACUCGGUUAUUAAGAAAACAAAAGUCUGCGUCAGAACUGGAAACGCGACUAACAUUGGCUGACAUUGAAGACAAAGAGCAAAAUGCAGAGCAAACGGUUGAUCCCGUCUACCAGUCUCUGAGAACUGCAGCUGAAGUCAGACAUAAGCCAACUCUUGAAGUCUCUUCAGAAUUGGUCUCUUCAGAGAUUCCGCCCGACAUUACGACCAGAAGACAAAUCACACCCGUUAUCACUCACGAGAAGAGUUCGACGCCUCACAGCCGGUCCCGAUCUAACGCAUCCUCUUCCGGCUCCUCUCCCUCUUAUCUCUUGGCCGUUAAGACUCCACUUCACGCCUAUUCAGUUUCAUAA